UUUUUUUUUUUGCUUGGAUCUCCCGAUUGAUAGAGCUACCAUAUGAUCUAUCUUCUUUUUGUUAGAUCGGAGUCGGAUCGUUGAUUUGAGCUUUUGGAACCUGAGCUAUUUCUGAUUAAUUGGUAUAAAUUAAGCUUCUUUUUCUUCUCCGAAAAAAAAAAAGUGAUAAAAAGAGAGAUUACGCCUCCUUUAGAUGCAAGAAAUUUGAUGGGUUCAUUUCUAGCGUCAACAACAGGGAAAUUUGGUAUAAACCGUGAAUUUUUUAGAAUCAAGAACGAUCAAAGAUCGGAUCGUGAAAUGAUUUUGCAGAUCUGAGAUCUGGCGAGGCUAAAUGGACAGAGAUGGAUUUUUUACGUGGUCUCAAAGACUUGUCAUGUUUCAUGACCUUGACUUUUCACGAUCCAGCAAUUGAGGAUGCUCUGAAGAAACUGAAGAUAGAUCUGCCGGCAAAGGUCAACUGUAUCAAUACGUCUGGUCCAAAAGGUGGAAGCCAAUAUGAUUCGACAUCCUGCAUCUCCUCAGGGGAUGCAGGAAGCAGCACCAAAGAAAGCGAGGUGGAUCAAGAGCCUUUGGUCGGUGAACAGGGCAUGUAUUACUAUGGCUACUAUUAUCCAGGAUCUACUGGUUUGAUGGGGGAAUGGGAUGAUCAAUACUACAUUCAAGGAAGUGACAGCUUGCAAGUUCAGCAUCCUGCUGUUCAAGCAGAAAAUGGCUCGUUUGUAUACUACUUCCCAGGCUAUCAAGCUGGGUAUCCUCCUUACAGUCCAGUCUUACCUGGAGCUAUAUAUGGUGUUGACGGACAAUUUUUGAGCCAAGGGUCAUAUUAUCCGAGUUCAGUAUCCCCUCAAACACUUGUUUCUCCAGGAGUUUUACCACAGCCAGUUGCUUAUGGGCCUGAGUUGGUACCUGCAUACCCAUGGGACCCAUCUUUUUUCUUCACAGAUGAGAUUCAAGGGAGCAUUUCUGUGGACCCAACAAAUCCACAUUACAAACCAAAUCUUACAUCCCAUGCUCAUACCCGUGCUCUUUCCAAAACCAUCCCGACCUCAAAAUCAGUCUUGGGAAUAAAAGGGUCCUCGCUAGCAUCUGAUGUGUCACAUCCUAUAACAGUUCAAAAUCAAGCACACAAGCCUGUGAAGAAGGGAGCUGCUGCUGUUCUGUCCAAAGGUUAUGUUCCGAUAAGCAAAUUCAAUGUAUAUGCUAACCAAGGGAAAGGUGAACUACUUUGUUCCAAAAGUGCCAUUAACUUGAAAGAAAAUGGACGAAGCUGGAUUGAUGAUGAGAAGCUGAAAGUGAAAAAUAAGCUAAAUAGCCAUGGUGAUUUUGAUUUGCUGAAUGAACAGAAUCGAGGUCCUAGAACCAAUGGCAGCAGAAGUAGCUCUCAGUCUGGUGUUGACCCGUUGGAAGCACUUGGUGCCGAGAAGAAUGAUAGUGGCAGCAUAUCGAGUGAUAUUGUGAACAAAGAUGAAUAUAAUCGUCCUGAUUUCCAGACAAAAUAUGAGCAUGCUUUGUUCUUUGUAAUAAAAUCAUAUAGCGAGGAUGAUAUUCACAAGAGUAUUAAGUAUAAUGUCUGGGCAAGCACUCCAAAUGGGAACAAAAGGCUUGACAAUGCUUUUCAAGUUGCACAAGAGAAGAUGGCAGAAAAAAAUAGCAAGUGUCCUGUUUUCCUCUUCUUUUCUGUUAAUGCAAGUGGUCAGUUUUGUGGUGUUGCUGAAAUGACUGGCCGAGUUGAUUUCAGUAAGGAUAUGGAUUUUUGGCAACAGGACAAGUGGAAUGGGUUUUUCCCCGUGAAGUGGCACAUAAUUAAAGAUGUUCCAAAUCCACAAUUUCGACACAUAAUCUUGGAGAAUAAUGACAAUAAGCCUGUUACGAACAGCAGGGAUACACAAGAGGUGAAAUUUUCUCAAGGUACUGAGAUGUUAAGCAUUUUUAAGAGCUAUUCCUUCAAAACAUCCAUAUUGGACGACUUUGGCUUUUAUGAGAAUCGGCAGAAAGUCAUGCAAGAAAAGAGGAACAGGCCAAACACUCCAAGUUUGGUUAAUUCACUGCCCAGAAACAAUGAACCGAUCGAAGUCCCAAAGAUAGAUGAUUCAAAGUCCAAAACUCCCAAUCUUGUGUUAAUCGAGGUGGAGGAUCACCAGACUGGGAUCCCUACAAGCAAGUGAGCUUCAAGGAAAUCAGAUGCUUUUCCGAACUGGGAAAUAUAGAGCAGCACAGCACUCGUUGGUUUCGUAAGAACUUCUGGCUGAUGUGGGUCAAGUAACAUGAAUUGCUGCUAUCGGAGAACCGUGAAUCUGGUCGGUGUGCAAGAAGGAAAAUAAGUACGUCCUGCAGUCAAGAAAUAAAAACAAGAGCCUUCGGGAGCACCUCCCCAUGAGCAGUUUGUACAAUGAUUGGGGAGAAAAUAUACUGCUGUCACCGGUGUACCCGAAACAGCGCAUGGUGGCAUUUGGCUGAACUGAUGCCCAAAAUGAUCUUGUACAAUGUCUCCUCUGCCUUUUCUUUUUCUCCGCUUGGGGGAUUUAAAAGAUUUAGAUUCUUGUUUCUUCUUUGGAUGUUGUUGGGCAUCUCUCGCCAUGGAAUUUUUUUUGAUGGCGGAUGGACGAAAGCCACUCUGUUGUUGGGGUCGGUGGCCGGUCCCUAUCCUGCUGGUUGGUAAAAGCUUUGGACUAGAAAAUGAAGCCCGAGGCUGCUCCUCCGGCAGAGAGUUGUAUGAUUCAAACUUGGAAGAAACAGUGACAAGGGAAAAGAAAUCUCUGCCCUUUACAUUUGUUA